CACACACGUCCACGGAGCUGGCGCACAGAGCAGUGGCGCCCAUCCUCUCUCUCAGUGCGACUCCUCCGAGGGAUCAGGAGUAGACUAAAGUCAAACUUCCUGCAGCUUGAGAUUUGUGACACCUCUGAAGACGCCGGGUCGUCAAGACGCCAUGAUGAAAACAUGGGAUCCAACCUCAGCAGAGUCAGGAGGAGUGUGACACACUAACAAAACAGGUGUAUUUGGUGAUGUUGCCAUGUGCUGUUUGCCAUCUUCUCUUAUCCUCAUUUAUUCAGAACUGAUGCCCAGAUGGUGUGCCCCUCCAUGUGUGCUUCCACCCAGCUCUCCCUGACCGUUUCGCGGGCCGCCAAUCGACCCAAGUACCCACGGCCGCCGCCCGACACAACCCCGCCGCGCUCUGUACGCCCCACUCUUCAACCCGCACCCCUCACCUCACUGACCCCUCGCCCCUCACCCCCCCUCUCGCUCGCUCUCUUUCAAGCCCGUCCUCACGUUCUGACCGCCCGACCCCUUUUCUGAGCGCAACAUGGUGGCGGGGCGCGUUCCCACUCUAGUUCUGGUCAUGAUGUGUCAAGGCGCCUUGCUGUCAGACCCGCCUCAGUCGCGACGGGAGAUCCGCAUCGAGGGCGACCUCGUGCUCGGCGGCCUGUUCCCGGUGCACGAGAAGGGAGCCGGGAUGGAGGAGUGCGGCCGCGUCAACGAGGACCGCGGCAUCCAGAGGCUGGAGGCCAUGCUGUUUGCCAUAGACCGAAUCAACACGGACAAGACGCUGCUGCCGGGCGUCUCUCUCGGAGUCCACAUCCUUGACACCUGCUCCAGAGAUACCUACGCACUGGAGCAGGCACUGGAGUUUGUCAGAGCGUCGCUCACCAAGGUGGAUGACACCGAGUUCAUCUGUCCAGAUGGAUCUUACGCUCUGCAGGAUGACAGCCCGCUGGCGAUCGCAGGAGUCAUCGGAGGAUCCUUCAGCAGCGUCUCUAUACAGGUUGCCAAUCUUCUCAGGCUCUUCCAGAUCCCUCAGAUAAGCUAUGCUUCGACGAGUGCGAAGCUCAGCGACAAGACGCGCUACGAUUAUUUCGCCCGCACCGUGCCCCCCGACUUCUACCAGGCCAAGGCCAUGGCCGAGAUCCUCCGCUCCUUCAACUGGACGUACGUGUCCACAGUGGCCUCGGAGGGAGACUAUGGCGAAACCGGCAUUGAGGCAUUCGAGCAGGAAGCCCGCAUGAGAAACAUCUGCAUCGCCACCUCGGAAAAGGUCGGGCGUUCGAACGCUAAGAAGUCCUAUGAAGCUGUGAUCCGUCAGCUCCUCCAGAAGCCAAACGCUCGUGUGGCUGUCCUUUUCUUGCGCAGCGACGACGCCAGAGAGCUUCUGGCAGCAGCUGCCAGACUUAACACCUCCUUCAUCUGGGUGGCCAGCGACGGCUGGGGCGCACAAGAAAGCAUUGUUAAGGGAAACGAGGUCACGGCUGAAGGAGCCAUCACACUCGAGUUGGCUGCCAAUCCCAUCGCAGAGUUUAACCACUACUUCCUCGGUCUGAACCCUGUCAAAAACCUUCGAAAUCCCUGGUACAAGGAAUUCUGGGAGCAGCGGUUCCAGUGCUCCUUGGGAGGGGGAGCCGCUGCGCCGGGGGAGACGCCGCUGCCGCCGUGCGACACGAACUUGUCAAUGGACAAAAACAAGUUUGAGCCGGAGUCCAAGAUCAUGUUUGUGGUGAAUGCAGUGUACGCCAUGGCUUACGCUCUCCACAAUAUGCAACGGAGCCUGUGCUUUAACACCACCAAGCUGUGUGACAGCAUGAAGGCCCUGGACGGCCGCAGACUCUACAGGGAUUACAUCCUUAAUGUCAGCUUCACAGCCCCUUUCUCGCCUCCAGGCAGUGAGACAGUAGUGAAGUUUGAUUCCCAGGGGGACGGCAUGGGCAGAUACAACAUCUUCAGCUACCAGCACUCCGGCGAUCGGUACGGCUAUGUGCCAGUGGGCGAAUGGGCCGAGAGUCUGAGCCUGAGCAGCGAGCUAAUCCGCUGGCCCAGAGAAACGGUGCCCACUUCACAGUGCAGCGACCCCUGCGAACGCAACGAGAUGAAGAAAAUGCAGGCAGGUGAGUACUGCUGCUGGAUCUGCACGGCCUGUGAGCCUCAUGAAUACCUGGCCGAUGAGUUCACCUGCUCGCCCUGCGCUCCCGGCCAAUGGCCCACUGACGACCUGACCUCCUGUUACGACCUUCCUGAGGACUACAUCAUGUGGGAAGACGCUUGGGCUAUCGGUCCGAUUACCAUUGCCUGUGUAGGGUUCAUGUGCACCGGUCUGGUGUUUUGGGUGUUUAUCAGACACAACAACACUCCUCUGGUGAAGGCGUCGGGCAGAGAGCUGUGCUACAUCCUCCUCUCAGGGGUCUUCAUGUCCUACGCUAUGACUUUCCUCUUCUUGGCCAAGCCCUCUCCCGCCAUCUGCGCCCUGCGGCGCCUCGGGCUCGGCACGUCGUUCGCUGUCUGCUACUCCGCCCUCCUCACCAAAACGAACAGGAUCGCCAGGAUCUUCAACGGCGUGAAAGACGGAGCGGGCGCAGUGAGACCACGCUUCAUUAGCCCAUCUUCUCAGGUGUUCAUCUGCUUGAGUCUCAUCUCGGUGCAGCUCGUGAUGGUGUCGGUGUGGCUCCUGCUGGAGGUCCCCGGGACGCGGCGCUUCACGUUGCCAGAGCGGCGGCAGACCGUCAUCCUCAAGUGUAACGUGCGCGACUCCAGCAUGCUGCUGUCGCUGGGAUAUGAUGUGCUCCUGGUCAUCCUGUGUACUGUGUAUGCCUUUAAGACCAGGAAGUGCCCUGAGAAUUUCAACGAGGCCAAGUUUAUCGGAUUCACAAUGUACACCACCUGCAUAAUAUGGCUGGCCUUUCUUCCCAUCUUCUAUGUUACAUCUAGUGACUACAGGGUUCAGACCACCACCAUGUGCAUCUCAGUGAGCCUGAGCGGCUUCGUGGUCCUCGGCUGCAUGUUCGCUCCCAAAGUCCACAUCAUCAUGUUCCAGCCGCAGAAGAACGUGACCAGCCACCGGCUCAACCUCAACCGCUUCAGCGUCAGCGGCGCCGCCACCACAUACGCGUCACAUGCUUCCGUGAGCGCCCACUACGUGCCGACGGUGUGCAACGGGAGAGAGAUUGUCGACUCCACCACGUCCUCUCUGUGACCGCGCCCCGUCCGCUCUCUAAACCUGCCCCCUGCGACUGUUAGCCAACGAUUGAACGUCCAUCC